GCCUUUCUAACAAAAAAUGUUAUGUUCCAAAUAAUAAUUUAAAUAAUACACACAAUAUUUUACCGUAAAGUUCGUCCAAAUCAAACAUAAAUAAUUAUUGUCGCCUAUGACUCGUCGAUCAAAAUGUUGCAUCGAACCAAAUGACUAAUUGCUAAGGUGCACGGAUUCUCAAAGUUACAAGCUCGAGUCGGGUCGUGAAAAAUGGGGGAAAACUCUCAAAAUAAUGGUACGCGUCGAGAUUCGAAAAACAAAGAAUUAGAGUAGGGGUAGUUGAAAGUUUCUUAGUGACUAAGGGUACAAGUCCAAAUGUCGAUGCCUAUGACUAACGAUGAUAUCAUUUACUUAAGAUUAUACUGUUAUCAUGCUAGACUAGAUGCACCAAACACGCACUGUUAUUUACAAAAGAUUGUAACCGAAAUCAACUUAAAAAUAAGUUGGGGAACCCAGACGACGAGAUAAAUUUUAUUGAAUCAAGAAUCACAAAAUACAAACGUAUUUAUAUGAACAAGUAGAACCAUAGAAAAUACACAUUUUGAUCGGAGGGGGCUAUGAAUACAUUGAAAUUCUUGUUGAGGAAUAAUUGAUAGUAAAAAUAUUUUAUAACUGAAUUAACACGAAUCUUAUCAACAUGCCUAUGCUCAUUAUUUGUAUUCUCUUCUCGACAUGGAACGCUCGAGCCUCAAAUCUUUUACAUACAGAUGGACUAUACUGUAUCAUACUGUUAUAUAUGAGUUUUACUGACCCGUCCCAAACUUCGAGACUUUCGAAAAACCGCGCACCCCUGGUUAAUUGUCCUUUAACGAUCGAAGAGUAACGUAAGCCCUAAUGAUCCCUUUAGGUUCGCAGCCACGUGAAGGUGUCACUUGGUAUAACACGCCAGCUCGGAACAGUUCACUGCACCGUUUUCGACCACGAUACCAGCAGUGAAACGGCCGCAAGAAUCGACAGAACCAGACACCGUGUAAAACUCGUCCCGUUUCAGAACGUAUCGUGACAGUAAACCAGAUCUACCUCCCCCACACGACGUCCCUUCCCCUCCGAGGAACAAAGUCUACUGGUGGGGAAGGAGAAGAGGACGGCACAGAGCGACGUAGAACACGAAGAGUCCGAGGUAGUAGGCACGAGGAAGGUCGUCUGAGAGGAACGAGCAAAAGAUGGCCUGUCCGGAAAGGCCGGUCACGGUGCUCGCCGUCUCCCUCGUCUACCUUCUGGCACUCUUCGUGGUGGCAAGGCCAACCAAAGGCUGGGAUAAAGUGAGCGGCCUCAAGUACAAGAUGACGACGACCUUGCUCUUCAGCGAGGCUGCUCCGACGAAAUCCAGCGGGGACGUUGGCUUUCGAUUGACUGGCGACCUGGACGUGACAGCCGUUUGGCAAGAUCCCAUCGACCAGGAAACCUUUCUGCUGAAGAUCGAGCUCCUGUCGCCUCAGCUAUGGAUCAAGUCCCGAAGAACUCCAGAACCAGAGGGUUUCGUCGAGCAUUCGUCCAAGGUGGACGAGAUCGUAAAGAAACCUCUGUUCGUACUAUGGAAAAACGGCGACAUAAAGUCAGUGUACAUGGACCCAUCGGAGAGCAUCUCCUCGGCGAAUCUGAAACGCGGUCUGGCUAGUCUCUUCCAAUACAAGGUGCUUGACGAUGACGUUCAAGAACUGGACGCCUCUGGGCUCUGCAACGUGACUUACCACUCCCUGGGUCCUAACACCGUAGGAAAACGAAAGACGUUUUGCAAGCAUGGCAGUUUGCCGCCAAGGAAACGUCAUCCGAAUCCGUUGUUCGCCGUAAAGCUCGCGAGCACUCGAAAUUCCACUUACGAGCUCACGGAGUACUUUUUACCGAAAAUAAUUCACGACGAGGAAACGCAUAAAACGACAUUGACCGCGAGAUCUGGAGUCGGUACCAUCGUUACAUCCAAAAGAACGCUCGAAAGAAUACCGGACGUUUUGCCGACAAACAUCGCGAAGGUGGAUACUUUGGAACAAGCAAUCGCGAUGUUGCUACCCGGAUGUCACGAGACGAAUAUCGAGCUUCAAUUGGAACGGUCCACUUGUCCGAACGACGUCUGUCAAACGAUCGAGCAAACGAUCGAAGAAUACCGCAGCGCUCUCGAAAGUAGCGCGCUAGGUACGGGAAAAUCCGCAUCUGCAUUUCUGAAGCUAGUACCGUUAGUCAAAUCCACCUCGCCCGAAGAACUUCAAAGAAUACUGAAAAGCCCGAGAUAUCGUCAACUGAAAACACAACUCAUGGAUGUUAUUGGUUCAGCGUCGACGUUAGCGGGUCAUCAGGCAGUGAUGAAGGUCCUCAGGCAAGAUGUGGUAGGUGACGACACCGAAAGAUACCUGUGGGCUUUGUCUCUAUCGCCGACUCCGAACGCGGAUGUCGCGAAAGACGUGCUAAAGCGGUCCGAGGAAACGAUUCAGAACGACAAAGUUUCCGAAACGUUGGCUCUGACCGCAGCAGCGAUGUCUCGCCACCUAGAAUCACAAGUUGCUGUUGAGAAAGCCAGAAUCAGCUUGGAGAUCGGUUUGGACAGUUGCACGGGAGAGGAGUGCAAGCUCAAGUUCCUCAGAGCUCUCAGAAACCUGAGAAGCGAAGCUGCGAUCCUGACUCUAUUGAAAUUUGCAAUCAGCGAGAACAAGGCGAUCAGCGUGGCGGCUUGGCGAGCACUUUCCGCCCUCUCCAGGGACUCGAUAACCCCCGAAGUGAAAAUCGUCGCCAAGCGAGUCUUUUACCAAAUCGGUGGCCCGAAGAGAGACAGCAGCGCCCGGACUCUAGCGUUAGAUAUCAUUCUCGAGUCGAAACCGUCCAAAGAGGAUAUCAAGGGCCUGGUGGAAUAUUUGACCAGCGCAGAUCCUGCGUACGAAGUUCGAAAAUACUUGAGCCAGCGUUUGGAGCAACUCUCUGAGAAGAACUCCGAGUUGGCAGCGUACCUGGACGAGAUUCUGAGGAACGGUGGAACGAACGUGGUCAAUUAUAACGUAUUCUCGCAGCGUGGUCUGAGUACUGCUUUCACGAGGAGGUUUCUGAGAUCAGCCGACAGCAACGGGUCCCUGGUGACCGUCCAAGAGAUCAAGUCCGGAUUGCUAAAACGCGGAGUGGUGAACGUGGUCCUAGAGGUGGACAACCACGAGGAGGCAUUGUUCUCUCUCGGGCUGUUCGCCGGUGGUCUGAGCAGCUUCGUCUCGACUUCGAACCAGGAAGAGGACUCUCAAGACGGUGAACAGGCUACCGCGGGAAUGGAAAUCGACUUUCUGGGCGUCGGUAUCAGGCCGUUUGUCUUCUUCUCCGGCCAGGGGGAACUUAUGAGCCACGUAUGGUCCGGCACUGCGUCCGACCGGACUCCAGCGUUUCAAGCUUUGGCCUCCAUUCACAAUUACAACGAAUACAUUCCUUUGGCCUCGGGUUUCGUGGCAGACACCGACGUUCAAGGCGCGGUGAGCUUCGAUUUAGCGGGGCAAAUACAGUUGAGCCUCUGGUCUAGGAACGCUCAGUCGUCGGUGGACCUGAAAGCCGGGGUCGUGAUUCAAGGCGGCACCAAAGUCCGCUCUAAUUUCGUGCAGAGCAUCGCCGAGUUCUCGAUGACGUUGGAGCCAAAACUGGAGUUAGCCACCGACGUGGACUUCUCCGGGCCAGUUUCUUCGUUGUGCAUGAGGCUCAGCCAACCAGAGGACGAUGUGAGAUACCAAGUUUAUAAGAUCGAGAGAAUAGCUGGUAGCAGGCACAGACUGCGAAAGACUAGAAGAACGAGGAUGCACAAUCCAGGCAGGUCCUAUUUUCUAAACCGGAAGAACAACGAGAUGUGUUCGAAAAUAUUCAGUUAACUUUUGAAGACUAAACGGUUGUUGCCGGAUGUAAUAAAGUUUAUAAAGAAACAGUUUUAUGGAAAAUAUUGUUAUCCUCCAGUCGUGCAUUUUACGCGGCGUGAGAAACUGGCAUCGCGUGCGUCCUACCUUGCGUGUGUGUUUAUACAUAGGUGUAAUGUAUUUUUGUACUGUAAAUCUUGUGCGUGCGCGUUCCUGUGUGCUGCGGUCCGUGGAUAGGAAGCAGUGUUUCAUUAAUAAAAGUCAGUCAAAGUCAUUCCGAUUAUCAAUAGACUUAUUAGUUUUUAAACUGAUUUAAUUCGUUUUAUUUCUCCGUGUACAUGCUUCUGUAUAAUGACUAUCUCUACUCGAUUCUUCCGUUGCUUUAAAAAACAAUGAAACGUAAUAUUGAAUUUGUAAAACGAUUAAUGGAAGAAAAGUAGAAAUUCCAAUACAAAGAGCAAUUUUCAUGAUAAUUUUCGUACAAUUAGAAUUUUACAUGCAUUUGAGAAAUAUAAGUGAAUAUUAAUAUACAUAGAUAUUAAAAUUAAUGAAAUUUAAA